UUUCUGUGGCUCAGGUGAGGGAUGGCAUUGAAGCUGUUCCAGAGACUCCCCCCCCGUCCUGCAGUUCGGACCCAGCAGGCUCCCGGUGGUGUGUCCGACCUGCAUGUGCACCUCGUCGGGCCGCUGCAUCCUCACACAGGGCUGCAGGAGGCUCUGGCAGUCUGCGGGGACCCUGACCACCAUCGCCAGGGAGCCGUCCUUCGUGGCCGGCAGCUCGACGGGACUCCGCAGAGACUCCGUCCCCCGGUUUUGCCUGACCCCGCUCCACGGCCCCGCAACCGAGGACGAGCGGGCUUUCCACCAGCUCUUGAGUUCUUGCUCGUCUUCGGGAAGGUGUUGAAGCUGGUCCGCUCAACCCGAGACGAUGUCCGACGGCAUGGCGGCGGCCGUCCUCCAUCGCGUGGCCGACUUGGAGCGGGUGGGCCCCGCCCUCAGGGACCCUUCGGUGCUGGAGGACGACGCCAUCAGGGCGCUGUGCUUCCAGCUGGAGCAGGACUCGCACAGGUUGAGCGAUUCGGGCCUGUUGGCUGCCCUGCUGGCUGCCACGCGUCUCUUCUUGGACCCCUCGAGCACUCUGAUGAUCCGGCUGGUGACGCAGAGCCAGGAGAGGCUGAACCGAGGCGGGCUGAGCGUGGGCCAGCUGUGCACUCUGGGCCAGGCGGUGCACGCUAUGAAGGGUCCAGUUGGUAGUGUGAUGCUGGAGGAGGUGAUGCAGCACAUCCAGAAGCAGAAACUCUCCAAGUGGAGCCUUGCUGAACUUGUGGCUGUGUAUGAACUUUGGGGAGGCGUGGCUAGAAAAAUGCGCUACCAAGACCUCCUGGAUGCUAUGCACGCGUGCGCCAAAAUGGUCGCCUCUUCCAUAGAUAAGGUGGCUGUCAGCAAGGUGCUGGGUUCCCUGAUGGCCUUGAACCACACCAAGGUGAUGCCUCUGGUCAACGUCCUGUGCAAGCAGGCCGUCCGCCACGUGCCUCACUUCUCCGACGAGGAGCUGGCGACGGUCCUCUCCGCGCUCAUGUACUACGGCGAAAGCGACCGCUACUUCGUGGAAGCCUUGGAGAGACACGCGCCCGGCUUGGCCUUCACGGCCCACCCGGAGACAGUCACCAAGGUGAUGCAGUUCUUCGCCCGGAGGAACAUUUUGUCCCCGCAGGUGCUGGACGCAUGGCGGAAAGUUUCGGUGUACCGGGCGGACGCCUACAGCACCGACCAGGUGGCCCAGCAGAUCGAGCCUUUCGGCAAGAUGGGCUACCUGCCGCCCAACGCCGUCGAGCUCUUCCGGAGUGAGGCCAUCCUGCACACGCGCUCCUCCCAGUUCCAGCCUCGCACGCUGGUCAAACUGCUGCACUGCAUCCUGGUGGAGAGGUUCCCCAUCAACUUCGUGGGCAAGAUCUUCUCCCAGUUCUUCCUGCAGCCGCUGAAAGAGGAAGGCAACGGCAGAGAUUACAACACCCUGGCGAAGCAUCAGCUCGACAUGACCGUCAAGUUGGAGUGUCUCUUCUAUAAGGGUCCCCAACUUUGUCCCAAAUACCGUGUCAAGUCCUACCUGGAGGCGGGCUCCACGGUGGAGACGCUGGUGAACAGGCAAUUGUACAACUCUGUGAAAAGUGGUCUGGUGGACCUGCUGGGGGAUCGCUCCUACUUUGGCUCCAAAGUGCUGACGCCGUACUGCUACACGCUGGACGUGGAGCUGAAGCUGGACGAUGAAGGCUACGUGCUGCCCGCCUGUGACAACGAGGUGUUCAAGAGGAUCGCCUUGUGCAUCGAUGGACCCAGCAGGUUCACCAAGAACACCAGACAGCUUCUCGGGAAGGAGACCAUCAAGCAGCGUCACCUGAGGCUGUUGGGAUAUGAAGUUGUCCAGAUCCCCUUCUAUGAGUUUGAGGAUCUGGGCAGCAGCGCCGCCUGUGUUGAUUACCUCCACCAGAAGAUCUUCCCCCACAGCUACAGACUGAGCUGGUGAUGUCACAUCUGUUUUGUUAAGCAGGAACUGCAAAUACAUGCUGGAGGUUAUUUGCAAUAAACUCCACUGUGACACACGGGGAUUGUUUGGAAAAAUACACAUUUAUUGACUUCUGCAGGUGAUGUGAGUCACCUCCCAUUUGCACAGGAAUAUAAAGAUCAGGGGUGUCCACAUGUUUUUCAAUGCAAGUUUACAUUUUGCACAGUCAAGAUGCUGAAGCAAUAUAUGCUAAGCGAACAGAGCAAAACAUCCAUAGUAGCUUUGUGUUACAGGUGAAGGAAAUUAGUGUUAUCUAAUAAAGUAAUGGGUUAACUCAUGAGAUUAUUCACAACAAAUAUUGCAUUAAUCAUGCAUAUAUGCAGAUUAAUUCAUCUAUUCCAACAAUAAAAUUGCAUUUAUGACCAAACAUUAGGGUCUUUUUUAAAUUAAGUUAAUAACAAAAUGUGUGAUGGGUACCUCUUGAUGCAAUACUGGUACUCCAAAGGUACCAAUUUGCAAUAUUUGUGUGUGUGUGUGUUAAUGUUUGAUGAUUUUUUUUUAUUAAUUAAAAAAAAUCAGCUGAUUAUGCUAACAGCUGUUCAGGUGUUUUAUCUCUCUUUCGGAUUAUGUGAGUCAUUUGCAAUGCAGUUGCACUUCCAAGACAUUAGAUGGCAGUGCUGUAUAGGCUGAUUUGAUUGAUUGAAGCUUUUAUUAGUAGAUUGCACAGUACAGUACAUAUUCCGUACAAUUGACCACUAAAUGGUAACACCCGAAUAGUAUUUUUAACUUUUUUAAGUCGGGGUCCACCUAAAUCAAAUCAUGGUUAACUAUGGCAUGUGGUCUAAUGAGGAAGUAGCUUUUACCAGGAAGUUGAAUGUUAUGUUGCGCCCUACGAAGUGUUUAUACUGUAUUUCACUUAUUGCACAUCAGCUGUUUAAUUGUCACAUUCCUUUUAGUUUUACUUUCCAUUAUUAUUGGGGCGGUGUAGCUCGGUUGGUAGAGUGGCCGUGCCAGCAACUCAAGGGUUGCAGGUUCGAACUCGCUUCCGCCAUUUUAGUCAAUGCUGUUGUGUCCUUGGGCAAGACACUUUACCCACCUGCUCCCAGUGCCACCCACACUGGUUUAAAUGUAACUUAGAUAUUGUGUUUCAUUAUGUAAAGUGCUUUGAGUCACUUGAGGAAAAAGCGCUAUAUAAAUAUAAUUCACUUCACUUCAUUACUAAAUUUGAAGGUGUUGAAAUCGCUAAUGGUAGCCUGUCUAUGGCAAAUCCAAUGCAAACUAGCAUCAAGCUAGCUCAUUUUGGAAGAUAGCCUGUCUAUGGCAAAUCCAAUGCAAACUAGCAUCAAGCUAGCUCAUUUUGGAAGAGUGGAACCUUACUUUAAACGUUUUCUACCAAACAUGCUUGCUUUG